GACGUGCUAUUAUCACAUGCACACAGAUAGUCUAAGAUAGAUAUCUGAAAGUGCUCCUGAUUUCGUUUCAUGUAGGUUGUAAGACACAAGAAAGUUAAGACAUAAUGUAUGUAAUUCUGGAGAUUAUACAAACUAUUUGCUACUUGAUAUACUGUAUUAUAGAAGCUACAGUACGGAUAUUUGUUCCAGAAAAGAAGAAGAGUUUCGCAGGAAAACUGGUUCUUGUGACCGGUGCUGGUCACGGAAUUGGACGGGAAUUAUCCUUAAAGUUUAGUGCCAUAGGUGCCAGACUUGUUCUGUGGGAUAUAAACAAGGACAAUGUAGAGAGUGUUGUGAGGGAAAUUCAAGAAAAUGGUGGAACUGCAACGUCAUAUAUUUGUGACGUCAGUAAAAUAGACGAGAUAAAAUCUGUCGCAGACAAAGUGCGACGAGAAAUCGGGGACGUUGACGCUCUUGUAAAUAAUGCAGGGAUUUUGCAUGGCGCUGCAUUCCUCACAUUAACAGAUGAAGAAAUUAAAAGAACCAUUGAUAUUAAUCUAUUAGCAUAUUUUUGGACUUGUCGUCAGUUUCUACCGCCCAUGAUAAACAGAAACUCUGGACACAUCGUCAAUGUGGCAUCAAUGGCAGCUAAAAAGGGCGUGGCAUACCUCACAGAUUAUGCAGCCUCUAAACAUGGUGUAGAAGGUUUUACAGAUGCACUGUCGGAUGAAAUGCGUCGGGAAGGAUAUGAUGGGCUGUACUUUACUACAGUGUUUCCAAUGUUUGUUGAUACCGGCAUGACAAAGUUUGCGCAUGAUAGAUUGAGUAAGAUGUUGAGUCCAGCAGAAGUUGCUUCAGCAGUUGUUGAAGGAGUUCAAAGAAAUAAGAAGUCGGUAUACAUUCCUUCAAACCUCGACUGGAGUGUAAGAAUUGGAGGCUUAUUUCCACGCAAGUUUGUAGAUGAACCAACAGAUUUGAUGUAUCGUGGAAUUGACCCACAGAAGUGAAGAUACCUUGAUAUUUAACAUAAUGUCAUGGUGCUUAGAGAACAGAUAUGCAGAUAUGUUGGUUGCCAAGUUACACACCUCUACCUGACAGUCGAAUACUUUACUUUGUGUUUUAUUUAACUAAUCACCUGACAUUCAUAGUGCACAGUACUGUUCUUAAAAUGUAUCUAAAACAAAUCAUUCAUUUAAUAAACGAUCAUACCAAGACAUUCUCCUUUGAAUUAAAAAUGAUUACAAAGAAAAUAAAUAGCCCGAGAGGAAAUUUUCAUUAGUGCUAUGAUAUGAUGAUUGCAUAAUAAAUAGUUUAAAGUACUGUAAAA